AUGGAAGUUGUUAUUCAGAUCAGUUUGGGCUGUUUUGGGUUGAUUGUUGCGUUUUUCUACUUGAUCUAUGGUGAUCUGUUCUUGGAAGAGUUCCUUCUGUAUCAUAUCAAAAGGCGAGAUAUUGCACAUAAUUUCUCGCCAUACUUCUACGUACUUCGUUUGAUCGGUAAUGACGAGUUCCUUUCGAAAUUAGUUGGAUUCUCAGCAUUUGUUCCACAGAUGGGUCUCGUUUUAUACUUCUCAUUCAAGUAUCACCAUGACCUCCCAUUUUGCUGGUUUAUGUGCACAUUCGCUUUUGUAACAUUUAACAAAGUAUGUACGAGUCAGUACUUUGUAUGGUACAUUUGCCUCCUUCCACUAAUCACCAACAGAUUCAAGAUGACUGUGAAGGAAGCAGUGCAGUUGAUUGGAAUGUGGUUCGUCAGUCAAGGAAUUUGGUUGUUCUUUGCCUAUCUGUAUGAGUUCCGCAAGUGGCGUACGCUUGAAUUCGUAUGGGUGGCAUCAAUAUUGUUCCUUAUUGUUAACUGUUAUAUUAUGGCUAAGUUGACAAGGAGUUACUCCGAUAGUGCCAAGACGAAGAGUAAAAUUAAUUAG